AAUUGUCAGCCGAUUUUACGUUGGUGCAUCUGACUUCCAAUCACUUCAAGUCGAAGCACGUGUGCGAUCUGCUGUUGACUGCGUGCAAAUUUGAGCUCAUUAACAACGAAAAUCUAAACAGUUAAGUAAUGGUUUACAGACGUAAAAAGUACCACUACGGUGAUACUCAUCUCAGAAAAAAGUACCGAACCAAACGUAGAACUAAAGAUUUAGAUCAGAUUGAUGAAGACAUUAAGCCUGAAAAUGCUGAGAAAUUAAUAGACCAAGAAGUGGAUUUGGAUAAACCAGGCAGUGCUCAAUUCUACUGUGUCCACUGUGCAAGGUAUUUCAUCAAUGAUCAAGCUCUGCAUGAUCACUUCCGUACAAAGGUUCACAAGAGAAGAUUGAAGGCUUUAGAACUUGAGCCAUACACAAUCGAGGAAUCAGUGAGAGCUGCUGGAUUGGGAUCAUUCAAAGAACCUCAGAAGAGGAAAAUUACUACACAACCAGAAAAGGAGGAAGUUUCUGCAAAGAAGCAAAAAACGGACUGAAGAUGUUUGC